AUGAUUAAACAGGGUUAUGAAGAUUAUUUACGGCACAAAGCAGAUCGGGAAACAAAUAACAGACCUAUCGAGGUGAUUGAUGAAUCCGGUCUUUUAAUAACGAAAAAAUCAUAUGAACUCGUGGUUGGUGAUAUCGUUCUAAUUUGCAAUGGUGACACGCUGCCUUGUGAUAUUGUCAUUUUGAGUUCCAAUGAAUCAUCAGGGGAAUGCUAUGUUACUACUGCAAGCUUGGAUGGAGAAACUAAUCUCAAACGAUUUUAUGCACCCCCGGCCACCCGAGAAAUCGACAGCCCAUCACAUUUUGCUGAAAAACUGAAUGCUACCAUCAUUUGCCAACAGCCGGUUCCCGAUAUCUACGAAUUCAUCGGGAAAUUAGUUGUCACUGAUCUAGAAUCUGGUGAUGAAACAAAUUUUCCUCUGAAUAAUGAAUGCCUUCUUCUGAGAGGCGCCCGUCUUACAAAUACAGACUUUGUCUAUGGAUGUGUGGUCUAUACUGGAAACGACACCAAAAUGUCUCUAAAUGCUAAAAGAAAGCAAACCAAAUUUUCCCAAAUCGAACGCAAGCUAAAUGUCUUUUUACUCAUUUACUUUGUUGGUUUAAUUUUCCUGUGCAUUUCGUUCACUCUCUUGAAAUACCUCUUAAAUACUGAUGCUUGGUACAUAAGUAUUCGCAAGAUUAAGACCUGGUAUGUUGUCCAGGAUCUAUUUGCGUUUAUUGUUCUUUUCAACUAUGCCAUUCCAAUUUCAUUAUACGUCACGAUCGAGUUCGAAAAGUUUUUCGGUUCACGAUUCUUUGGUUGGGAUAUGGAGCUCUAUGACUCGGAGAUUGAUGAACGAGCCUUGGCAAAUACUUCAGAUAUUCCGGAAGAGAUGGGACAGGUAUAUUAUCUCCAAAUUUAA